AUGACAAACUCAGAAUUACCAACAAACUUCGACGGUGACAUCGAUCUUGCAAUUAUUGGUGGUACUGGUUUAUACCAAUUGGAUUGUUUAGAGCCCAUUGCUGUUAUCCCACCUCUAGAGACUCCAUGGGGUGUAACUUCAUCUCCUAUUACUAUCAGUAAAUUUAUUGGUGCCGGUAAAGAAAAUGAUUUGAACGAUUAUUUUCAUGUUGCAUUUAUUGCUAGACAUGGUAUUCAUCAUGAAUACCCUCCUACCAGAGUACCAUUCAGAGCAAACAUGGCUGCUUUGAAAUAUUUAAAAGCUAGAGCUGUCCUCUCAUUUAGUGCCGUCGGUUCAUUACAACAUCAUAUCAAACCAAGAGAUUUUGUUUUACCACAACAAAUUAUUGAUAGAACAAAAGGUAUUAGACACUCUUCUUAUUUCAAUGAUGAAGGUUUAGUAGGACACGUAGGUUUUGGUAACCCUUUCUCUACUUCUUUUGCUAAAUAUAUUUAUCAGUUUAGAAACGUUUUACAAGAUUAUGACUCUGAUGAACCAUGUUUAUUACACUUCGAUAAAGAUAAAACCGUCAUUUGUAUGGAAGGUCCACAAUUCUCAACAAGAGCUGAAUCUAAAAUGUACAAGUCGUUUGGUGGUGAUGUCAUUAAUAUGAGUGUCAUCCCAGAGGCUAAAUUAGCUCGUGAAUGUGAAUUACCAUAUCAAAUGGUUUGUAUGUCUACCGAUUAUGAUGCUUGGAAGGAUGAAGAAGAACCUGUUACUGUCGAAACUGUUAUCGGACAUUUGACUAACAACGGACGUAAUGCCAACUUAUUAGCUUCUAGAAUCAUUGAAAGUAUGGCAAACGAGUUACCUGAAUUUAUGAAGACCGGUGAUGGUUUAACUGGCACUAUCAAGACAUCUAUUUCUACUAAACCAGAGGCAAUGUCAAAGGAUACUUUAGAGAAGUUAAGAUUCUUAUUCCCAGACUAUUGGUAA